AUGCGAUGGCUUUUUACUGGAGGCUGGGAAGGCGGCUUCGAAAUUCUGUUUUCAAUCUCGGCCAUAACAUGCCAACUGUACAUUGUCAUCGCGACUGGAUUAUUCAAGUUCGGGGGGCCCCGGACGGCGGCGAGCCACGGGAUUUCGGUCGAGGUGGAGGAGCUGAGGCAGGACUUUCGCUCGGCGCGGUGGAGGCGCUGCGGAUCGAGAGCGCGACGGUGGCGGCGGCCCAAGUCCGAGGGCGUCGCGGAGACGACGGUCACGACGAGCCCCGAGAAGAGGGAUAAGAACGCGGCCUUUGCGUUCGCCACGCUCGAGCCGGAGAAUACCGCUUCUUUCGUGCGGUAUGACGAUGUGCCGGUUGCGAGAGGGGAUGAGUAUCCUAUCUUCAGGGCGCUGAGGCAGUGA